AUGGCACCCACGUGGGCCGGGCUCGACCUGUUUGCCGGGCCCUGGAGACCACAUUGGCGCAGCCACCUGGUCGAGGUGCGCGAAAGGCAAGAGAUACCCAACACGGGCUAUCCUUCGGUGGAGGUGUUUUUUUCGACACGGGGACCUUGCCGUCACAUGGUCGAUCGGCAGGGUCGGCGGAUUUUGCAUGAUUGCGGUGAGGCAUUCCGCUUCCGCUCCCGCGGAGUGGCAUUUGGAUGGCAUUGCUCCAGGCAUGGCCCACGGCUGCCUGUGCGCUCUGCUGCGAAGGGCCGUCUUGGCAAAAGACUCACUCCCUGCCGCGAGGGCAUCGCUUGGUCCAUUCUGGUCGCGAAUGGACUGCACUUCGUGAAGGUCUCCGUUGCUGGCCUACCCUCUACAAGAAAUGAUGGGUGCUCCCUGAAUGGUCGUCGAUUGCCUCAGCGAUACAACAUUGACAGGGCCUGGCGGAAGCAAAGAGGAGCCUUCGACAAUGCGGUCGAGGCGAUUGCCUUCACGAGAGUCAUCACAUUGACCGUCGGACGCCGUUGCGCCGGGCCCGAGAAGCUGAUGUUCUUGCAGAUGUCCAGUCCCGGAAACCCAUCCUGUUGGACAGCUGGCCGCAGCUGGCACCACUGCUGUGCUGUGGGUGCAGGCUGCUUUGACACAGGUGCUGAUCCGACCUUCGAAGCCUGCUGCCGCCAGACCUUCGAGUUCCAGGCACCCACUGCCGGUGUGGUGGCUGCAGUGCAGCUAAGGCCAAGUCACCUUCACCCUGCAUCCUUGCAAGCCAUGGAUCCGAAGAGCCAGCAUUCACCGAAUGCGGGUUUCUUCCGGUGCUUCGGCCUCGCCUCAAACUUCUUCAACCAGAAGCCGGAGCUGCCGCCCUGGCCUGCGCCGCAGCGCUGUCCCGGAGGAUUGGACAUUUUCCCCAUCGCUAUUGGCAUCGCAGACGAGCUCAUAGUGCCAUGCAUUUCAGUCAAGAGCUUCGACUAUGCUUUGGCAUGGCCUGGUGAUCGCAGCACUUACACGUUCAAUUCGCAAAGCCGCGAUGACACCGCUGGAUACCACGAGCAUCUUCGGCAGGCCUGGUUCGCCAUCACUCGGCCGAAGGGCGGGUGGGACUGCCUUCGCCACUAUGAGAUACUAGCCGCAGGAUCUUUGCCGUAUUUCGUGGACUUGGCAAGGGCCCCAUCUCGUCAAAUUCCGUUCUUGCCAAUCCACCUACUCCGAGUUGCAAAGACCUUGCCGGGAGUUUAUGAGGGGCGCUUGGACCCAACGGCCUUCAACAUCCGCGAGUACGUCGAGGCAGCUGCCGCUCUUCUCCGGUACACCAAACAUCGCCUUGCAGCUUCCAAGCUUGCAGAAUAUUUGCUGAGCCAUCUGCAGAUGAAGCGCGGCUCUGUGCUCUUCCUUUUGCCUCCAAAGGGUUUCCAAAGAGGAGGCUAUGUUUCGCGAAACAUGUUCUACGGUUUGCGAAAGAUUCUGGGGCCUGCAAGUGUUGUUGACUAUCCCCACUUCGCGGAGAUGUAUGCGGCUCACGGAAGGACCGACAUGUCGACCACCGGGCUGCUUGACACCCCGGUCGUGCGAUGGAAUUCUAGCCAAGUGGAAGAUCGGCUCAGAUCACGUGGGUUUGGUGCCGUAAUCUACAGCAACGCGCGAGCCCCUUUGCCGUUUUGGGAGCUCGUGGCGUCACUGUAUGCUCCGGAGGAGGUCGCUUUCCUGGAUGGAUUCGACCAUACAAAUGGCUCCACGAUUCUACGUCUGGCGCCAUAUGGCAGGUAUUUCGUCCGUGAAAUGGAAGGUUGCCCAACGGGGCCCCAUGCAGUCAAAAUUGAUGGCGAGGCCAGCGCGGCGGAGAAGUUGCGCAGACUCUUCGCAGUUGCUUGCUUCGUGUUUCUCGAAGAAGCGAUUGCAGCCACCGGAGCCGGCGUUGUGCUGCCGCCAACGCUGUUAGGCAUGUUCGGUCUUUUUGCGGUCCUGCUUUGCCUUGACAGUCUUGGCUGUGGCUACACAGCAGAUUCUUUGUUCCAGUUCUUAGCUCCAGGCUACAGAUUUCUGUUGAAGUGGGCUCCCGUCUUUUUUACACCUGCAUUGGUCAAACUUCCGCUUGUCGAGGAACCAGUUUCGGGUAGCGAGCUCUUUCGCGUCGCCCUCCUCAUCGCAUGCGGAGGCGUGCUGCAGAUGGGCUUUGUGGCCGUAGUUGCCAUAUCCAUCGCGUCGCAGCAGUCCAGCGAUAUGCCGAAGGGCGAAGUGGUGAAUGCAUUGCCAGGGAUGACUCCAACAAAUGGACGGGAAGCAUACCCCAGACCUGGCAGGCCCUUCAAGAGGCGAUGGCUGCCGGUCUACGGAAUCAUCAUGCUAGCGGCAAUUCUUUGCCUAAAACGUGGCCGUGCGUGUCAGACAGUGGAGGUUUCCUUCAUGCUCUGCGCAUCAUUGUUGUCCUUCGUUCUAGGUAACUCUGCGCCACCAGCCUUCAGGGCCAUUCUUCACCCGAUCUUCGCAGGUGUUCUCGGCUCAUGGCUGGCCAUCGCACUCUGGGCGUCGCAGGACGAAUCACGUUCCUUUCACGAGGUCUUGGUGACCUAUUCGUCUCCAGCCGGAGCUGGCCCACUAAUGUCCAGAUUGUUGAACCCACUGGUAAUUGCUCUCGCACUGCUGCUGUUCGAGCGCCGGAGGCUCUUGCAGCGCGACAGUGCGCUCAUCAUAGCAACCUCUAUGCUUGCUGCGGCUUUUGGCCUGUUUGGCACAGCCGUAAUCGCGCGGAUGUUGCAGCUGCCGAAGGCCUUGGCUGCAGCGUCUGUGUCGCGCUAUUGCACAGCACCCUUGGCAUUGGCAGUAUCUUCCUCGUUGCACUCGUCAGCACCACUCACCGUGGCCAUGGUCGUGGCAUCAGGCUUUCUUGGGAUUUUCGUGGCCAGGCCUUUGCUAAGAUGGCUAGGGGUGGAUGGCUCGAGAGAGCGUGGACUGGCAAUCGGAGCAGUGUCGCAUGUGCUCGGCACAGUGACCUUGGCUUCUUGGGACGAGACAACCGCAGUACCAUACUGCGCAUUAUGUUUCGUCCUGUCCAGCGGUUUCGCUGCAGCUCUUGCUGCUAUACCGCCGGUGCAAGUCGCAUUGCUGUGGGUCUUGCCUUCUUGA